UGGGUAAUUUGAGAACGACCUGGCAAAGAUGGCGGCGUCCUCAACAGGACGCGUUUUGAAUCUUUGCAAGCAAUUUCAGAACGUUUGCCGGAUAGCCUCACAGAUAAAUGUUCCAAAAUAUGCCGGUCUGACCAGUUUAAGCUCUUAUCUUUGCAGGGAAAAGUCUCCGCUGGUCGGCCAAUGUCGGUACAAUCUCAGCCAGCCUGUGCUUCAAUGUCGUUCCUUGCACACAACUGUCAACAGAAGGGGUCUGGAUGAGUUCUUCGACCUGCCAGAGAACUGGGGAGAGAACACAGUCAAAUCAGGAGCACCGUGGACGGCCAAACAACUGAGGGCAAAGAGCAAUGAGGAUUUACACAAACUGUGGUAUGUGUUGCUGAAGGAGAAGAACAUGCUGCUCACACUGCAGCAGGAAUCAAGAAGGCAAAGGCUUCAAAUGCCCAGUCCAGAGAGAAUCAGGAAGGUGGAGCGCUCCAUGAUCCGGUUGGAGACGGUGGUGAAGGAGCGAGAGACUUCACUGCGUCUGCUCCAGACGGGCCAGGAGAGAGGACGACCAGGAGCCUGGAGGAGGAACGUGUUUGGCUUUGCGUACUGGUAUCGAUUCAAAGAGUACGCCAUUCCCUGGUACAUGAAUAGAAGAUACAAGCGAAAGAAGUUUUACACGCCCCACUUUGUUGAGCCGCACAUCAGGUUACGUAUCGAGAAGUACAUUCGAGCUCAGUACAGGAAAUCCAACAUGGAGAAGAAAAAGCUGGCCAAACUUCAAGAACGGUUUCCUCAGAUGAAGGUUCCAGCAUCCUGAAACGUCCAUCAAUUUCCUCCGGUUACUUUAGCUUUUUAUGUAUGUGAUCACGUAAGAUAAACAAUGACAUAACUUCUUUUUGCCCUUUCUCCCUCGCUUGUUAAUUCAACAAUCACAAUAAAGUCCAGCCACUGAACGUUAAGAAUUAAAUACAG